AUUAUGUAACACUGUAGCCUUUGUACUAUUGUUCCUGUUUCAGUGGCAGAAGCUAAAACAUACAAUGUAAAAGUCUGCCAUUCCAACAGAUGGAGAGGGCUUUCUUCCUGUCAGUAAUCUGGACGUUACUUACGUCUGGUUACCUGGGAACCUCUUCUGACACCCACUCUCUGCAGUACUUCUACACUCUGACCCUUGAUCAAGCCGGAAGGACCCACUUUGUUUCAGUGGGGAUCCUUGACGGGGUUCAGAUUGACCAUUAUGACAGCAAGAGCCAGAGGGAUGUACCUAUGGUGGACUGGAUGAUGCAGGGGAAGAGGUUCUGGGAUGAUGAGACUAAGGCCCGCGAAUAUGACCACGGCCUGUUCUCCGCCAUGAUGAACGAUACUUUCAGUCACAGCAGUGGAGGGCUUCACACUUUCCAAGCCAGGUGUGAAUGUGGUUUUGCCCCGGGGCGUACCUGGGGAGGCAUUCGCAACGCUCACAAUGGCCAGGCUUUCCUGACUUUUGACCCAGAGUCUCAGAGUUGGAAGGCAGAGGCGCCCCCUAGCGACCAGGCAGCAGCAGUGCGAGUAAAGAGGCAGUGGGAACGCUGGGAUCAGUGGACCAAGGAUGUUAAGGUGUACGUGGAUCAGUUGUGUCCUCAACGCCUUCACAGCUUCUUGGGGUAUGGGAAGAAAGCUUUGGAGAAAAAAGAAACACCAAACAUCACCAUCGUGCAUACCCACACACAGGAGGCCACCUGCCUCGCUACCGGUUAUUACCCCCAUGGGGCAAGAGUCCAGUGGGUCCGUGGUGAGAGGCAUGAGCCAGUCCCAGAACACAUGCUGCAGGGAGGCGAGGAGCUUCCUAAUGGAGAUGGAACUUUCCAGAUCCGUUUGACUUUGAGGCAUUUGGGAGAGGAGGAGUACAAGUGUCAAGUCAACCAUAGUAGCAUGGAGACACCGAUGAUGAGGACUUUGGAAAAGCCGAGGACCAGGAUGUUAAUCCUGCUGUCUCCUGCUGUCAUUGUGGUCCUGAUUACUGUUAUGGUGGUCAUAGCCAAAUGGAUACAUGAAAGAAGCCGCCAUCGAGACGAAACCGAUUUACCACAAGAGACAAGAUUGUAACUCUCCAUUGAAGGAAUGGCUGGCUAUACUCAAGAAAGAUUGCAGAUAUUUGAACUCAACAGUCAAACAAAUAGCCCCCACACUUCAGUGUCUCAUGGGUGUGAUCAUAACAUAGUCAUGGUCAUAAUUACCAUUAAUUGUGGUUGAAAUGUAAAAUCAACAAUGACAACACUUGCAUGCUGCAAUGCAGUAGCAGUCACCUGAUACACUCCCUAGCUCUAGAAUAUGGGCAAGACAAUCCAGCAGAGGGCAGGAGAGACUUUUAUAAAUGUGACAACAGACAAACUAUGCGAUUGAGUUUGUUGUUCUGAGUCUGAGUCUUAGGUGUUACCUUAGUCUGUAUAGGUAUGAAUAUAAAUAUUUGCACAAGAAUUGUGUUAUGUACUGUAUACACACAUAAAUUGAAUGUUAUGGGUAAUGACUUAAAAGAGAUUAUGUGUUGUCUGUAUCAUCACUAUUUGUAGUCACUGUGCUGUGUCACGGUGAAAUGGACACGCACUGAGGAAGGCCAAAACAUUUGUGACAUUGCUGCUAAUAAAACAGACAUGUUUUGGAGUGUGGGUCCUCAUCCUUAUCCAUUUGUGGUAGAAAAGGUGCCUGAAGUAGAGAAAGUAGAAAAGCA